AUGGUGUUGGCCGAUUUGGGGCGGCGCCUAAACCAGGCAUUUUCGGACUUACAGAGGCAACCGACGCUUGAUGCAGCUUCCGUCGACCAGCUGCUCAAAGACGUGUGCAGUGCGCUACUGGCCAGCGAUGUCAAUGUGCGCCUAGUGCAAAAACUUCGGCAGGAUGUAAAAGACGAAGUUAGCUCACUCCUGAAUGACAAGGGAAAGGCUGAGUCAUAUACGGAUGCACAGCGAAAGCACCAAGUCCAAAGAAUCGUGUUUGAUUAUCUUGUGAAACUGGUGGAUCCAGGCGAUGGAUCGACGAAGCACCGCCUCGAUAAGGGACAACAGCAUGUGAUCAUGUUCGUUGGGCUGCAGGGUUCAGGAAAGACAACGUCAUGUACAAAGCUGGCACUCUGGUACCAAAAGCGUGGCUACAGGACGGGUCUUGUGUGCGCAGACACGUUCCGUGCGGGUGCCUUUGAUCAGCUGAAGCAGAAUGCAGCAAAGGCUCGCAUCCCCUUCUAUGGCUCCUACACAGAGACGGACCCCGUGGCAAUUGCGUCUGCGGGUGUGACAUCGUUCAAGAAAAACCGCUUUGAUGUAAUCAUUGUCGAUACAUCCGGACGGCACAAGCAAGAGAAGGACCUGUUUGCAGAAAUGGUCGACAUUAGCCGAGCUGUGAAGCCGAGUCAGACCAUCAUGGUCUUGGAUGCUAGCAUUGGCCAGGCUGCAGAGGCACAGUGUCGUGCAUUCAAGGAGGCUGCUGACUUUGGUGCCAUGUUUGUCACAAAGCUCGAUGGACAUGCGAAAGGCGGAGGUGCGAUUUCUGCCGUGGCUUCCACGCAGACGCCUAUCAUCUUUAUUGGAACGGGUGAACAUGUGCAUGAUUUGGAGCCGUUCCGUGCACGACCCUUUAUCUCUAAGCUGCUUGGCUUGGGCGAUCUCACAGGUCUGAUGGACAAAAUGGAAGAGGUGCACAUGAACGAGGACGUGCAGCAGCGGCAGCGCGAUAUGAUGAAAAAGAUCCAAGAAGGCGGCACCUUCACGAUCCGCGACUGGCGCGAGCAAAUCACACACAUCCAGAGCAUGGGUCCCAUGUCAAAGAUGGCGGGCAUGAUCCCAGGCAUGAGCCAGAUGAUGGGACAUGCGCCCAGCGACGCCACAGCGAACGACAAGUUCAAGAUCAUGCUGUACAUCACCGACAGCAUGACGCCCGAAGAACUUGACUCGGACGGCUCCUGCUUCACGAAGCCGAUCAAGACAUCGACUAGCCGCGCGGCUGCUGCGCGAUCGCACUCGGACGAAAAGGCACAGAGUCGCACAGCGGCCAACACCAACGCCAAUGCCAACGACAAAACAAAAAGCAAGGCUCCAUUACGCCUCACAAGUCGUGCUCUUCGUGUGGCACGUGGCAGCGGCACGAGCGUGCGGGAUGUGGAAGAGUUCUUGAUGCAGUACCGAACGAUCUCGCAAAUGGUGAAGAAGUUUGGGGGAAAGAACAGUUGGCUCCAGCAAAUGAAGAGCGGUGGCGGCAGUGGCGCGGGCGCCGGCCGUGGUGGCAUGCCGAUGUUACCGCCAGGUAUGACACGGGAGCAGGCGAUGAAGAUGCAGAAUGCGCUCCCGGCUGAUAUUAAGGCGCAGCUUCGGCAACCUGGCGGUCGUGAACAACUCAUGCGACAGCUUCAGAGUGGAAAUGUUCCACCCUCUUUAGCCGCGAUGGGCGGUCUGCCCGGCAUGCCGAGUUUUCCAGGUAUGGGUCUAGGUGGUGCAGCUGGCGGUAUGCCCGAUCUUGCUCAGAUGCAGAGUAUGAUGCAGAACAUGGGCGGUCUUGGAGGAAUGAUGCAAAAGAUGAUGGGUGGUGGUAUGUCAUGA